UGUAGUGGAACGUCCUUUCCCAGGGAGAGGUUGAAUGAGCGCUUUUACAAUACACUAUAUAAUUGAGUUGACUUCCACUGAGAAGUUUUAUCAACAUCUCAAAUUGCAUUUUAACAUUUUUAGAUGCAAAACUGAGCCAAGAAAUCUACAUUGUAUUACAGUACUAUAGCCGCCCAUGUUCUAGCAUUCCACAAGAGGCCCACACCACCUCAACCAUCCCUCAAUCCUGGUGGUCAAGGUAACCGAGGACGCUGCGCGCGGCCGCGCGCUUAGACAGACACUUUGCCGAUGACACGAAGUUCCGAGAGCAGAUUCGUAGUUCAGGUGGAGACGCUUUUUAACAGUAGGUAGGAUUGAACUUGGGUAGCUUCGAACUUUUUCACCCCGGCAUAUAAUUUUUUUUAUUUUCUUGUAUGCAUUAACUUUCAAUAAUCCCAUGUAAAGUGUCCAACAAGGCGUCAGAUCGAAUCCCAGUGUAAUCUCGUGGAUUUUCAAAUCGAUGGAUCAUAUUAAUGGUGUCUGUUCCCCAAUGGAAAUGUUUGAAGAAGAUACUGAUCAAAGUACAUCUAGUUCUCGGAGGAGGUGGUCACAUUCACUGGAUGAGAUUCAGCCAAUUCCUGCAUGUUUGAUUGGUUCCAUUGAGAAGGUAAAUAAAAAAAUGGCAGAUCCAGGGCUGAAGCUUCAUCGCUACUGUAGGCCUGUUGGGGUGAGUCUGUAUGGAGAUAACAGUGGGACAUUGCUGAAAAUCUUGAAUGUAAAUAGCAAUGUAACUCAUGAGGACAAACCUCAUGAACCUAACAGAAAAGCAAGUGAUAUAAGUCAUCUUCUACAAUCAAACAUUAGUCUUCCAGAACAUGGGACAAAGCCAGACACAGAGGAGGCGAAAGGAAGCAGUCAUCAUAUGUCAAUGACAACAGAUGAAAAGCCAAAACUGGUGGAGCUACAACAUUAUCCUGGUUUUAGUGAAACAGAGCCUACAUCUCUCCCAACUGGUGUUCACAUUGAUGAAGUUAUUGAGCGGGUAGUAGCAGCCCAAACUCGGCCAAAGAAAAAAAAACCCAAAUACCUGAAAGAGUUCAAAAAUCUGCUCACUAGCCAAGCUUUCCGUUGUAUUCUUCUUGACUCUUUCUGGUGGGUGUUUCUACAUAACUACCAGCCCAAUGAAGAGACUGCAAAGAAACUGUUUUCAAGAACUUCAGAGAACUAUGUCAACCUUUUGGUGCUCUGUCGGUCCUUUACACAUGGUGAUGUUUUCCUCAAGGGGUUUGCAUACACAUUGAGCCAAGCCCUCUACUGCUGUUUCUGUCACUGCUUCCCACAAUCCUGGCGCCAGUUUUGUAGUAAAGAUUUCCUUUUUCAUUUGUGUGAUAUUUCAUUUCAGUGGACAACUGGGAUCCAUCCUUCUCCUGGUGUUAUCAACGGCUGGAAUUUACAAGCUUUAGAGCCUGCGAGUGUCCUUAAGGAGAGGAUGCUUCCAGGUAGUGACACAAGCAGAAGAAAGCCUGGCCAUAUUAGAAUAAAGACUAAUUCGGACGUAAGUGUUCUGCACUAUCAUAAUGAGGAAAAAACAUCUAAAAGCAUCACAAAGCCUUGGUCGAUCUUCCCUGCCACAAAAUUCCAAAGAAGCACUUUUAAUAUAUGUGGCCAUAGCCCACUGAUGCAGCACUACCUAAGAAGCCAGAAGGCAGAUAUGAAGGCUGGCAUGGAUGUCCUGUUGCAAAGAACAGAGAUUGUGCACACAGAUUAUUCUUUCAGAAAAACUGUCAGGCAGAGUGAGCACUCUCAGGCUUCUGAAGAGAAGUGGAUGAGUGAAAGACCAGUCUUUUGACAGUUCCUGGCAUACACAGAAAAUUUUGCUACAAGAGAGCUGCUCCCUGUACUUAACCCCUUCCUGAAACCCUUCUUUUCUGUUUCAAAUCUGCAGAUAUGUGUAGAAUAUUUGAACAGAUACUCAGUUACAGGCCUUCUACUGACAUACCCAAGGCCUGAUUUGCAUUAGGAGAGCAAAGACUUGCUCUUUGUAGCAGAACCACUAACAAUUAUAUACAAAUAAAGCCACUUGUUAUUUCUCUUAUAUCUAUCUCCCUGUCUAUUAUUAUAUGCUGAGAAAAUGUUUUGUGCAGUU